AUGCGGGAGCUGGUCAUCGACGUGAAGCCCGAGCCCCGCUCGUGGUCCCCGCAGGCCGCGGGGCUGCAGCCGCGCGCCUCCAAGGAGGGGCCGGCGCCGGGCCGGCCCGGGGGCGAACCCCGCUGCUGCCCCAGCCUGCUGCCCGCCGCCGGGACCCUCCUCGCCCUCGGCUCGCGGAACCUGGCGGCGCCGUGGACCUCUCAGGUCCCUGGUCCUCACGACCGCCAGCCCUGGACCGACAAACACCCAGACACGUUGACCUGCGGCCUCUGCCUGCAGACCUUCCCGCUGAAGGCCAUCACCGCCUUCAUGGACCACAAGAAGCUGGGCUGUCAGCCCUACCGAGGCCCCAGCCCUUGCCCGGACUCAGAACUCGAGAACCUGAAGACCUUGAUUUGCCUCCGCUGUGGCCGACAAUUCACCAGGGCCUGGAAACUGCUGCGCCAUGCCCAGUGGGACCAUGGACUGUCCAUCUACCAGACAGAAUCUGAGGCCCCAGAGACUCCCCUGCUGGGCCUGGCAGAGGUGGCCGCAGCCAUGUCAGCGGUGGUGGGGCAGGAAGUGGAGGCCAAGAACUCCCGGGCAAAUAGCCUCCCCCGGCGGACCCCCACCUGCCCCGUGUGCAUGAAGACCCUCAGCUCCUUCAGCAACCUCAAGGUGCACAUGCGCUCGCACACAGGCGAGCGGCCCUAUGCCUGUGACCAGUGUCCUUACGCCUGUGCCCAGAGCAGCAAGCUCAACCGCCACAAGAAGACCCACCAGCAGCUGCAGUCUCAGAGCCCCCACACGGCCAACGCCAGUCCCGAUCAGGCCUCAGCUGCCCCUCCAGAGCCAGCCGCCCAUGCCGCUGCCCCAGCCAGGACUUUCCUGUGCAGCCGGGAAGGCACUGGAGCUGCUGACACUGCAGGUGUGCAGGAACCUGGGGCUCCAGGUGGUGGAGCUCAGGCUGGUCCUGGUGGGGACAGCUGGGGAGCUGCCACGAACGAAGAGAGAAUCAACUCUGCCCAGAUCCCAGAGAAGUUACCCAAGAAGACUCCAAAGACAGUGGGCAAGAGCCACGGGCCCGGGGGCAGAUGUGAGUUCUGUGGGAAACAUUUCACCAAUAGCAGCAACCUGACUGUGCACCGGCGCUCACACACCGGGGAGCGGCCCUACACCUGCGAUCUCUGCCCCUACGCCUGUGCCCAGAGCAGCAAGCUGAAUCGCCACCGUCGCAUGCAUGGUAUGGGGCCCGACGGUGCCCGCUUCGAAUGCCCCCACUGCCUUGUGCCCUUCGGCCUGCGGGCCACCCUGGACAAACACCUGCGGCAGAAGCACCCCCAAGCAGGUGGGGAGGCCUGA